AAUUAUCACUGUAUGUUAUAGUUAAUGCCAAAGCAGUUUUUCUUAAUAGUGAUUCGUUAAACAGCUUUAACUUCACUGUACGGCCAAACUUUAUUUGAACACGGGCCUGCAAUCGCUAAAAAAUAAUUCCUUGCAUUCUUUGUGACCACUUGAUCUGCAAGCUGGGAGCAAAUACUCUUGUGCUACAGGAUGUUUCGCCUUCGAUUUCUUCCCGUUGCAGCAGGGCUGUCUGCUGUUUCACGGCGUUACCAGGGGACAGCACAUCACCCCAGGACCAGGCGUAGGCUCGUAGUGGCAGCUUUCAUAGGGACAACUGCAGCAACAGCAAGUGCCAGAUUCCUUUGGCAGAGGGCUUACGCAGAAGACUCAUCCUCUGUAAAACACGAUCCAAGGACAGAGCCGAGUGAGAAGGUGAAGCACGAGGAGGAGGAGGAGGAGGAGAGCAGCGGCAGUGAGGGUAGAAAGGCUGUUGCAUCAGGCAAUGAGGAGGCCCAGCAGGAAGGGAAGAAGAAGAAGCGUUCUGGGUUCAGGGACCGUAAGGUGAUGGAAUACGAGAACAGGAUCAGAGCCUACUCGACACCGGACAAAAUCUUCAGAUACUUCGCCACUUUGAAAGUCAUAAAUGAGCACGGUGAAUCAGAGGUUUUUAUGACACCGCAGGAUUUUGUGAGAUCGAUAACACCGAAUGAAAAACAACCAGAAAAUCUGGGCCUGGAUCAGUUUAUAGUGAAACGCUAUGAUGGGAAGAUACGGGUUAAAUUUUCAUCUAAAUUAUUAGCUGAGCUCAUCCCCACUCUGCAGUCACAUACAAUGAAAUUAUCCCAGGAGCGAGAGAAAUUUGCUGAUGAGGACAGCAUAUUUUAUGCCCUUGGAGAAUGUGGACUCAUUUCUUUUUCUGACUACAUCUUCCUCACGACAGUCCUUUCCACUCCCCAGAGGAAUUUUGAAAUUGCCUUUAAGAUGUUUGAUCUGAAUGGUGAUGGCGAGGUGGACAUGGAAGAGUUUGAGCAGGUCCAGAGCAUCAUUCGUUCCCAAACCAGCAUGGGCAUGCGCCACAGAGACCGGUCUACAACAGGAAACACCCUGAAAACUGGCUUCAACUCCGCGCUGACGACAUACUUCUUUGGGGUGGAUCUGAAGGGGAAGCUGACCAUCUCCCACUUCCUCGACUUCCAGCGCAAACUGCAGCACGAUAUUCUGAAGCUUGAGUUUGAGCGGCAUGACCCGGUGGAGGGGCGGAUCACGGAGCGGCAGUUUGGCAGCAUGCUGCUGGCCUACAGCGGGGUGCAGUCCAAGAAGCUCACCGUCAUGCUGAAGCAGCUCAAGAAGCACUUCCAAGACGGAGAGGGGCUGACAUUUGAGGAGGUGGAGAGCUUCUUCACUUUUCUGAAGAACAUCAACGACGUGGACACUGCUUUGAGCUUCUACCACAUGGCUGGGGCUUCGCUUGAUAAAGUGACGAUGCAGCAAGUGGCCAGGACGGUGGCCAAGGUGGAGCUCUCCGACCACGUGUGCGACGUGGUGUUCGCACUCUUCGACUGCGAUGGGAAUGGCGAGCUGAGCAACAAGGAGUUUGUUGCCAUAAUGAAGCAGCGCCUGAUGAGGGGCUUGGAGAAGCCCAAGGACAUGGGCUUCACGCGACUCAUGAGGGCGAUGUGGAAGUGUGCCCAGGAGACGGCGUGGGAUUUCACCAUGCCAAAGCCAUAGCGGGGCCAGGGGGGGGGACACCAGCUUCCCCCUUGGCCCUGCCACCACCGCUGCUGCCGACACCUGCGGGGCGAGCCCAGACUGUUUGUAACAGGAGAUUUUUGUAAACGGGAGUUAGAAAUCAAAGCCUCUUGUAUUUGCAGCUUCUGCCUGCCACUUGGCCUCUCCAUGUUCCUCUCUCUCAGGAAAAAGGAAUUUUCUUGCUGCGGCCACCUCCGCUUUGCGAUGUGCGCUGCCCGCAGAGCUGGUGGGGCUGCACCCACCUGUUUUAUUUAAUGCGAUUACAAAAUGGCACGAGGUUUAUUUGAAAUUCUUAAACGUGGCACUAAGAAAGAAGCUGUGGCAUUCCCGGAUAGAUUGUAGCAGUGGGACCCACUGGCAGAGGCAGGAGCAGCCAGGUGGUGAGAGCUCCCCCGGGAUUUUGGUUGGCAAAAUGCUCUGUGCUCCCCCAAACUGUCGGGGGGGUAGAGGAGGUGGGUGCACCCCAGGAGGGGCUGCUUGUGCCGAGGUGCUGCCUUGGUGUAAGAGCAGUAAAAGGUGGUGGAGCACCUUUCUCCUGCCUCUUGUAGAAACAAACCUCCUGUGGGAGGUCCGUAAUUUUAAAUUUUUUUUUUUUUUUUUAAGGGGGUGCCUUCGCUGUGGGGAACUGCCGUUCUGUCACGGGGACGGGCUGAAAGAUUUCAUGUGCGUUCUGUAAACUAAAGAUGUUGCUCACAUCAA